CCUGUAAUAGAACGUGGAGAAAAGCGAGAAGGUAUCACGGCAUGUUUAAAAGAGCAGCUCAGGGAUAAUGUUCUCAUAUCUAUAGAGAACUUCAGAGAGACAACAUCACGCCGUGUCUUCAUCCAUGGAAUUUGAAGUGUUCCUCGUGUUUUUCCUGUGUAGCUGUUCGAAUGGUGACCAGGGUGGUUCUCGGAUAAGGCAGAAAAGAGGAAUCAUUGAAUUAGCUGGAGCAAUUAAGUGUGGAACUGGCAGAUCGUCUCUGUUGUAUCUUGGAUAUGGAUGUUACUGUGGUAUAGGAGGACAAGGGACACCAAAAGACAAGACAGACUGGUGCUGCUACAAGCACGAUUGUUGCUAUGGAAAUGCAGAACAUUUUGGGUGCUACCCUAAGAGCCAUACAUAUAACUGGCAAUGCAUCAGUCAUUACAUAAAAUGUGAUUACACAAGGGAUUUCUGCCAAAAAAUGCUUUGCAAAUGUGACAAAGAGUUAUCAAAAUGCCUUCGGAAAGCACCUUAUAACGCAAGGUACGCUAUGUAUCCAAAUUUUUUAUGUGGGAGAGAAGACCCAAAAUGCACGUAUUAUAAAGAGUGAUACAUGUGGAAAAGAAGUUUUUCACACAGAAAUCUGUAACAUUUCCAAAAACCUCCACCUGAAAAGAAGAAAUAUGUGGAUCAAUACUCGCAACUGCUGUAGGUGGAGGAACUCUCAUUAAUAGCUACGGUCCGGUUUGGAGACACUUUAAAAGAGAAUCUGCGCACCUAUAGAGAUAAAGAACACCAGCAAAAUAAGAGUGGCAACGGUUUUAAGUUUUCUUUUUCUUUACUAUUUAUUCCAUUGACUUUGUUGCAGUCUGGAAGUUAAUUAUGCAAAUUACAUUAAUCAAGUAAUUAAGGGGCAUCUGUCAGCAGAUUUGUACCUAUGAUACUGACUGACCUGUUGCAUGCAUGUGACAGUUGAAGACAUCUGUGUUGGUCCCAUGUCCACAUGUGCCCGCAUUGCUGAGAAAAAUGAUGUUUUAAUAUAUGCAAAUGAGCCUCUAGGAGCAAUGGGGGUGUUACUGUUACACCUAGAGGCUCUGCUCUCUCUGCAACUGCCGCACCCUCUGCACUUUGCCAGGGCAAAGUGGUAUGAUGUUUUAUCAUAUUAUACAUUGCAAUUUUCAAAUGUAAUGGAAUUGAUCGUCAAUUAUAUGUAUAUUUUCAUACUUUGAAUCCUAAAGAAAAAUGUAUUAAAAAAUGUCUUCUUUCAAGAAGAGAAUGUUGAUUUGAAAAAAAUCUGGCUUCAGUUCUGAGUUCCAAUAAAGGUCAAAAUAUUUUUGUCUGAGUACACUCAGUUCUCGAAGAUCUAGGCUAAACAUGGUCAUAAACACCACCGCCUCUAAUCACUAAAAUUGACUCUGAAAACACAUGGCACAGUGUUAUCUUGGUUAUCUCGUGACAAAAGCCAUUGAAAAGUUAGUUAUCUUUUUGUUUCCUUUUUUUUUUUUUUUUUAACUUAACACAUUAACCAUUAAGUUUGGCUGCAUCUUUACCUUUAGGCAGGUACUAUAUGUAUUGGUAUACCUUGUUAUUUUUCAUAUAUGGGAUUGAUUAGAUUCUUCUAGUUGGAAAAUCCAUGGAAACUUGUGUUUAUUUUAUUUUUUAACAAAGAUCUUA